AUGCCCAGUGUCAGAACAGCUGUCGCUAGUUCGGCGUACAGAGAGCCGGCACUCACCAUCACAAAUGCGAACAUCGCUUCAAGCAUCACCUGUCAAGACCCGGCGAACAAAGGUGCAAAGGGCAUCGUACUGCUCGUCACCGGAACUGCAGAGCCUGCCAAGUCAUUCUGGGUCGGGGGCCCCUACUGGCAAUUGCUUCCGGCUCAAGGCUUCUCGCCAUGUUAUGUCACGUUGCCUACCGAUUCACUCGGUGACGUCCAGCUCACUGCGGAAUACGUCGUCGGUGCGAUCAAGUAUCUCGCGCCAAAGUCAAAGACACGCAAAGUUGCAAUCGUAGCGCAUUCUCAGGGCGCCGGUCUCAACACACCAUGGGCGCUUGACUUCUACCCUUCGACCGUGCCCCUCGUGUCAAUGUUCUUCGCAAUGGCCCCAGAUCUCCGUGGCACGCUAGAUGGCAAUCUGGGUUGCUUUGCUGACGAGGCAUUCACCAAGACCUGCGCUGCUUCCUUCUGGCAACAAGCGCAAGGCUCCAACCUGCUCAAGGCCUUGAACAUCAACGCCGGGUCGCAAAUUGUGCCAACAACAGCGAUUGCUACGCUGGAAGACGAGAUUGUCACGCCUCAAACGCCUCCCUUGCCUGCGUCAUUCAUUCCAGGCGCCACAAACAUCUUGAUACAAUCACCUGAUGCUUGCGGACCUCUUCACGUCGUCGACCAUCUCACCAUAGCCAAUGACGCAGCUGUCUACAACCUGGCACUCGACGCGCUCACCCACGGCGGUCAUGCGGAUACCAGCCGGCUCAACAAAGCGACCUGUCUUGGCUUCGGCAACGUUGGCUUUGACGUCUCCUCGCACGUCGCCAAUGUCAAGCAGAUCUUCCAGACCCUCAUCGAGGCCGGCUUUGCUGUCACGGGGACAGAUCCAGGCGUAUCUUACAAAUCUGAGCCUCUGCUCAGGAAAUUCGUCUGCCAGCGUUAUCCGACGCAUGGCUUCAGCUGUGGUUCAACUUGA